UCAACCAGACGUGGUUUAAAGCACAUGCACAAAUACCUAAUAGAGUAUUUGUUUUACUAGACCCUCUGUUCAUUAUAAGUAUGAGACAAUUGAAUCGUGGCCAUUUUUAUGCAUAUUAUACCUACGAUAAUCAUACAAAGGUAUAUAUUGAAGUGAGUGAAUAUCCGAUUCCCUAGUCGUCUGUAAUUCUUAAAAUGGAACACAUGUGAUAAUAUUUUCUUUUAAUUAUUAACCAACCAAAUACAAAAACGAAUUGUAUCCUUCAUUUAAAUUGAAAUAAAACGGAUUUAUAUUUUACGUACAAUGCCUCCAAAAGGUCAAGAAAAACAGUCCUGGGUACUAUAUGAGAAUGAAGUGAAAGAUAAUGAGGAUAUUUACGACGUAGUUCCUCCAUCAGCGGAUGACAGAAAAUUGGAUAUAGUGUGGAGAAAUGUUAUCAUAUUUAUAUUUCUACAUACCGGGGGCGUAUAUGGCGCCUAUCUGUUUUUUGGACAAAUCAAGUUAUUAACAUUCAUCUUUACUGUUUUUCUGAUUAACUUUUCGGGUUUGGGCAUAACGGCUGGUGCUCAUAGAUUGUGGGCCCACAAGUCAUACAAAGCUCGUUUGCCUUUACGUAUUCUACUCACAAUUUGUAACACUAUUGCGUUUCAGGAUUCUGUUAUCGACUGGGCACGCGAUCACCGACUUCACCACAAGUACUCAGAGACCGAUGCUGAUCCCCACAACGCCACUCGAGGGUUCUUUUUCUCACAUAUUGGGUGGCUGAUGGUCCGUAAGCAUCCACAAAUCAAAGCAAAAGGACAUACUAUCAACAUGAGUGAUUUAAACGCCGAUCCUGUACUUCGCUUUCAGAAAAAAUACUACAAAAUUCUUAUGCCGCUGGCCUGUUUUAUUAUACCAACAUACAUUCCUACUUUAUGGGGCGAAACUGUAUGGAACGCCUUCUUUGUACCUGCCAUAUUCAGAUACGUUUACUCACUAAAUAUGACGUGGCUCGUAAACUCAGCCGCUCACUUGUGGGGCAGCAGACCAUAUGACAAGAAUAUAAACCCGGCUGACACCUUGCCCGUAUCUUUUGUGGCACUUGGUGAAGGUUACCACAACUACCACCACGUAUUCCCCUGGGAUUACAAAACUGCCGAAUUAGGCAAUUAUUCAUUAAACUAUACUAAGUGUUUCAUAGAUAAUAUGGCGAAGAUUGGAUGGGCUUAUGACUUGAAGACAGUGCCUACACAUGUCAUACAGAAACGUAUAAUGAGAACAGGUGAUGGAAGUCACUCAGUAUUGAGUUGGAAUGAUAAAGAUGUCACGCUUGACGAUAAACAUGAAACGCACAUUGUGAACCCUGAGAAGUCUGAAUGAAAUAGU